CUCCGCGCUCCCCCAAACCCUCCCGCAGCGACGCGGGGCGGAUGGGCAGGAUGGGACCCGCAGCCCAGGAGCAGCGGCUGGAGGCUGAGCGCCGUUUCGGAGGACGGGGCUGAGCAGUUGGGCUGGAGAACAAUAGCGGCACCAGGAACAAUGGAGCAGCCACACCUUCACGCGUAGGGAUGCUGGACGGGCCCUCGGAAGAAAUCCCAGCUCCAGAACAGCGCCUGGGCCGGAGCCACCGCGGGCGCUGAGCACAGUCGGUCGAGCGAAGGAUCUGCUGGGACAGGGGAUGCGGUGACGGGGAGGUUCACGCCGAUGCUUUUCUCUCCUCCCUCUUUGCCAUCCAGCUCCCAUGAAAGAAGAGCGGGAGGAUGGAUUACGGCGGCGGCGAGUACCUGGUCCCCUGCGGAAAAGACAAAUACAUCUCCAAAAACGAGCUGCUCUUACACUUGAAGACGUAUAACAUCUACUACGAAGGGCAAAAUUUGCAGCUGCGGCACCGGGAGGAGGAAGGCGAGCUGAUCGUGGAGGGGCUGCUGAACAUCUCCUGGGGCUUGCGGCGCCCCAUCCGCCUGCAGAUGCAGGAUGACAACCAGCGCAUCCGCCCGCCGCCCUCCUCCUCCUCCUGGCACUCGGGCUGCAACCUGGGAGCCCACGGGUCUGUGCUGAAGCCCAGCACUUUGCCAGACAUCCAGGUUACGGAUGCAGAUGCCACGCCAAACACGGAGGCUCCCAGGAGUGCUGCAGCCCCCAAGUCACAACCAGAGGAGACACCGCAGCUGAUGCGGACACGGAGCGACGUGGGCGUCCGGCACCGGGGCAGCGCCCGUACCCCCAGCGAGCAGCGCCGCAUCCGCCGCCACCGCUUCUCCAUCAACGGGCACUUCUACAACCACAAGACAUCCGUCUUCACACCGGCGUACGGCUCCGUCACCAACGUCCGCAUAAACAGCACGAUGACGACCCCCCAGGUGCUCAAACUGCUCCUUAAUAAAUUCAAGAUCGAAAACUCGGCGGAGGAGUUUGCGCUGUACAUCGUCCACACCAGCGGAGAGAAGCAGAAGCUGCGAGCCAGCGACUACCCCCUGAUCGCCCGCAUCCUGCAGGGCCCCUGUGAGCAGGUCUCCAAGGUCUUCCUCAUGGAGAAGGACCAGGUGGAAGAAGUCACCUACGACGUUGCUCAGUACAUCAAAUUCGAGAUGCCUAUCCUCAGGAGCUUCAUCCAGAAGCUGGAGGAAGAGGAGGAUCGCGAAGUGAAGAAGCUAAUGCGCAAAUACUCCAUCCUCCGGCUGAUGAUCGAGCAGAGGCUGGAGGAGAUUUCCGAAGGUCCGACGGCGAUGUGAAACGCCUCACCAGUGCCCCGGCGCCGGGUUGCAUCGCACAACUGUACCGAAUCCUGAAUCCCCAUCGUUCCCGGAGCUCUCCCGAUACCCGCCUGGAUCUCUCCAGCUCUGAGCCAACCCAUCUUCCCCCGCCUUCAUCUGCGCAGCGUCCUCAGGGGCUCCUCCUUGGCAGACGGGGCUUAUCCCAGCAAGGCUCUGGCUGGUGGCAGCUUCGGCCAAAAGCUCAAAUCCCUGGAAAUAAUGGGGGGAAAAAAGAAAAAAAAAAAAGAGGAAAUCCGGGGCUGGGUGAGGGCUGCAAGCAUUCGAGAGCAAGAAUUUGGGGCUCAGUUUGAAGAUGCUCACUUCAGCCAUGCCCACACGUGGCUGCUGGCAGAGGACCUGCUGCUCGGUGGCAUGAGAGCACAAAUAAUUCCUCUUCUUUUUUUUUUUUUUUUUUUUUCCCAGAAAAGCACAUUUCUGUUGCAAUAAUUGGCAGGUGAUGGGAAGCUUUUGUAAACUGAAAGGGUUGGCUGAGAACUGGGGCUUUUUGAAUACUUUUGCUGCCAAAAGUGAACCUGGGGACUGACGGUUGGAUUUACAGCAAAAUUGUAAAUCACAUUUUUCCGGGUGCGUCCUCUUAACCUGCAUCGGUCGCAUAACCCCCUCCUCCCCCCAUUUCUAAUUUGCACUAAUUUUAGGGAUUUAAAAAACAAACAAACAACACAUACACACACAAACCAUGAUGUCAAACCUCUCUAGUAGCUGUAACAUGCCAAAUAGCACUCGCAGGAGUAGUUGACGGCGCUGAGCAUCUCUCGAGGGAUGCUGUGCAGGAUGCAGCGGAGGUGGCAGGAGGAGGGGGAGGCAGAAAUAAAGAGGUUUUUAUUUUGCAGCUUGAUGUUGCAGCAGUGCCAGGACCAGGACUGGCUCCUUUACCACCAUCACACCUGGAAGAACCUUGUUCCUCCCGGGCUAAACCAGCAAUACCGAUUUUAUACCUCGAUGUGAACUAAAACUCUUGACUUUUUCCCUCCCUGGAGUUUUUGCAACGUAUCUUUGUAAUUAUUUUUUUUUUGGCUUAUUUUCAUGGUACCUUUUCCACCUUUAACGUGUUAAGGAAAGUGUUGUACAGCGAGCAAGCUUUUUUACGUCUGUGAAGGAUGACUGUGGCAUUGCUUGGUUGAUUAACAAGAAAAGAAAAUAUGUAGCAAUUUAAUACAGACUGAACCCCC